UUCCAACAGAAGUCUGUAGUAGUGUCGCGAGUGGCGCACAGACGCUCUUCUCACACAGCUGCCCAAUCGGCUUCCUCGAUUCGUGACAGCAGGCCAAUCGCAGAGCCCGCGUCCGACUGAAAACUAUUCAACAUGGAGACAACAGUUGAAAAGCUGAAGCGAUGUUCCUCAAGUCAGAGGCAGACCUGGAAUACAUCGAGAAGCGGCUAAAGCUGGACUUCAUCAACAAUGCUGCAGAGAAUAGAUGUCCCACCGAGGAGAACCCGGCGGUGAUGCUGGAGAACCUGAGGGCCAUCAAGGCCAAACACACAGCGUUGUGCUCUCAGGUGAAGGAGAUCGCCGCUGCACAGAAAGAGUCUAUGGAUUCCAUCACAAACAACCUCAGCAGUGUCAUGGACCUGAUCCAACACUUCCAACAGACUACUGAUGUGGAGGUACCCACACAAGCAGCAUGCUCACUACUGAAACAUCACCUUAUGUGCUCAUACUGUUUACAGAGGAGUGUUCGCCAGUGUGUUGACUUCCGAUGGACAUGAUUCCUGUCAGAGUUG